UUUCUCUUCCUAGUGAGGAAAAAGAAAGUUAGUGGCAGUUGGCAUGCUGCCAGCUGAGUUUUUUUGCUGCUUUGAGUUUCAGUUUUCUUUCUUUCCUAGAGUCUCUGAAGCCACAGAUCUCUUAAGAACUUUCUGUCUCCAAACCGUGGCUGCUCGAUAAAUCAGACAGAACAGUUAAUCCUCAAUUUAAGCCUGAUCUAACCCUUAGAAACAGAUAUAGAACAAUGGAAGUGACAACAAGAUUGACAUGGAAUGAUGAAAAUCAUCUGCGCAAGCUGCUUGGAAAUGCUUCUUUGAGUCUUCUCUAUAAGUCUAGUGUUCAUGGAGGUAGCAUUGAAGAUAUGGUUGAAAGAUGCAGCCGUCAGGGAUGUACUAUAACAAUGGCUUACAUUGAUUACAACAUGAUUGUAGCCUUUAUGCUUGGAAAUUAUAUUAAUUUACGUGAAAGUUCUACAGAGCCAAAUGAUUCCCUAUGGUUUUCACUUCAAAAGAAAAAUGAUGCCACUGAAAUAGAAACUUUACUCUUAAAGACAGCACCAAAAAUUAUUGAUGAGCAACUGGUGUGUCGUUUAUCGAAAACGGAUAUUUUCAUUAUAUGUCGAGAUAAUAAAAUUUAUCUAGAUAAAAUGAUAACAAGAAACUUGUAACUAAAGUUUUAUGGCCACCGUCAGUAUUUGGAAUGUGAAGUUUUUCGAGUUGAAGGAAUUAAGGAUAACCUAGAUGACAUAAAGAGGAUAAUUAAAGCCAGAGAGCACAGAAAUAGGCUUCUAGCAGACAUCAGAGACUACAAGCCCUAUGCAGACUUGGUUUCAGAAAUUCGUAUUCUUUUGGUGGGUCCAAUUGGGUCUGGAAAGUCCAGUUUUUUCAAUUCAGUCAAGUCUAUUUUUCAUGGCCAUGUGACUGGCCAAGCCGUAGUGGGGUCUGAUAUCACCAGCAUAACCGAGCGGUAUAGGAUAUAUUCUGUUAAAGAUGGAAAAAAUGGAAAAUCUCUGCCAUUUAUGUUGUGUGACACUAUGGGGCUAGAUGGGGCAGAAGGAGCAGGACUGUGCAUGGAUGACAUUCCCCACAUCUUAAAAGGUUGUAUGCCAGACAGAUAUCAGUUUAAUUCCCGUAAACCAAUUACACCUGAGCAUUCUACUUUUAUCACCUCUCCAUCUCUGAAGGACAGGAUUCACUGUGUGGCUUAUGUCUUAGACAUCAACUCUAUUGACAAUCUCUCCUCUAAAAUGUUGGCAAAAGUCAAGCAAGUUCACAAAGAAGUAUUAAACUGUGGUAUAGCAUAUGUGGCCUUGCUUACUAAAGUGGAUGAUUGCAGUGAGGUUCUUCAAGACAACUUUUUAAACAUGAGUAGAUCUAUGACUUCUCAAAGCCAGGUCAUGAAUGUCCAUAAAAUGCUAGGCAUUCCUAUUUCCAAUAUUUUGAUGGUUGGAAAUUAUGCUUCAGAUUUGGAACUGGACCCCAUGAAGGAUAUUCUGAUCCUCUCUGCACUGAGGCAGAUGCUGCGGGCUGCAGAUGAUUUUUUAGAAGAUUUGCCUCUUGAGGAAACUGGUGCAAUUGAGAGAGCGUUACAGCCCUGCAUUUGAGAUAAGUUGCCUUGAUUCUGACAUUUGGCCCAGCCUGUACUGGUGUGCCGCAAUGAGAGUCAAUCUCUAUUGACAGCCUGCUUCAGAUUUUGCUUUUGUUCAUUUUGCCUUCUGUCCUUGGAACAGUCAUAUCUCAAGUUCAAAGGCCAAAACCUGAGAAGCGGUGGGCUAAGAUAGGUCCUACUGCAAACCACCCCUCCAUAUUUCUGUACCAUUUACAAUUCAGUUUCUGUGACAUCUUUUUAAACCACUCUAGGAAAAAUGAGAUAUUCUCUAAUUUAUUCUUCUAUAACACUCUAUAUAGAGCUAUGUGAGUACUAAUCACAUUGAAUAAUAGUUAUAAAAUUAUUGUAUAGACAUCUGCUUCUUAAACAGAUUGUGAGUUCUUUGAGAAACAGCGUGGAUUUUACUUAUCUAUGUAUUCACAGAGCUUAGCACAGUGCCUGGUAACGAGCAAGCAUACUUGCCAUUACUUUUCCUUCCCACUCUCUCCAACAUCACAUUCACUUUAAAUUUUUCUGUAUAUAGAAAGGAAAACUAGCCUGGGCAACAUGAUGAAACCCCAUCUCCACUGCAAAAAAAAAAAGAAAGAACAAAACAAACCCCACAAAAAUUAGCUGGGUAUGAUGGCACGUGCCUGUAGUCCCAGUUACUCAGGAUGAUUGAUUGAGCCUUGGAGGUGGAGGCUACGGUGAGCUGAGAUUGUGCCACUGUACUCUAGCCAGGGAGAAAGAGUGAGAUCCUGGCUCAAAAAAACCAAAUAAAACAAAACAAACAAAUGAAAAACAGAAAGGAAGACUGAAAGAGAAUGAAAAGCUGGGGAGAGGAAAUAAAAAUAAAGAAGGAAGAGUGUUUCAUUUAUAUCUGAAUGAAAAUAUGAAUGACUCUAAGUAAUUGAAUUAAUUAAAAUGAGCCAACUUUUUUUUAACAAUUUACAUUUUAUUUCUAUGGGAAAAAAUAAAUAUUCCUCUUCUAACAAA